AACAGAUCGGUGAGCAAAACUGAUUGGAGUAUACUCUCAUGCAUGUUGUAGAGCAGAACAAAAUAGUGAAGUGGAAGCCAAGAAACGAAUUCAAUUCUUCCCUCCUUCCAAGCCGGCCCCUUUUUGCUCUCUAGUCUCUUCUCUGCUUUUAGCCAAGCUUCCUGGCCACCACCAUUACUUCUCACCCAACUGAAGGAAGCCACUACGUACUCCAACUAACUUCCUGCCUUCUUUGCAGUAUAUAUUAUAGGUUGAAUUGGAUUAUCACCCAUUUCUUCUUUCACAUAAUUUUAUAUAAAAAUCCGUGUAUGGAAACGGGCGGAUUAAGAAUGGUGAGAACAGAGGCGGAGAUUGACACAAGCGCCCCAUUCCGGUCAGUCAAGGAAGCUGUGUUGCUCUUCGGCGACACGCUUCUCGCUCGUCAAGUCAAUGCCAAUACCAACCUUCACCUCCGGCGGAAGCAAGACAGGUACAACAGGGACCCACAGACACUCAUCAGCAGCAUAGAGGCAGAGCUCGAGGAGACGAAGCAAAGCCUGCGAAAAGCAAGGGAAGAAAGCUUGGUAAUGGUUACCUGCCUCUCAUCUUUGCAGGAAGAACUGCAAAGAGCGAAGACAGAGCUCCAAAACCUCAAACACUGCCAGGAUACCAAGGAGCCACAACAGGAAUCUGAAGUUGAUGAGGACCUUAAAUUCAUAGAGGACACCACAAAGCUUAGACCAGUAGAAAUCACAAGUCAUGACACCAUACUGGAGUUUCAGAAUAAAAGAUAUGUAUCUUUUUCACACCGUCAUCAUGUCAUGGCCCCACCAUCAGCUGAUGACAUUGUGCUGGAAAGACACCCUUCCCUCAAGACGAAGAAGAAACCACUUAUUCCACUUAUGGCCAUUAAAGGUUUUUUCUCCAGGAAGAGAGCUAAGUAGUAUGAAGUAAAUAAGA